GAAUGAACUCCGGAUGCACCUCCAGGUUAAAGUUGAAAAACAAAUCGCAAGUGCCUUAUUUGCCCGAAUGAUGUAUUCACGCAGGGAGAGAAAUCUAAACUGACCUAUAUAGGCUGCAUGAGUGCUCUACCAGGAGCAUCGUGUCAAAUCAACGCCAUCCGAAAGUCCUAGAGGUCCAUGUUGACGAGUGUCAGCACAGUGGUCGAAGGUCAAAUCUGAGGUCAAGGAUUUCGCUCUCCUUGCAUGUCGCUUGUUUGAGCCUACGUACAACGCAGUGUUUUUGCGUCGACAGCGCUAUCCAAUAUACUAUGGAAGUGCAGCAUCUCUUCUUUUUGUUGUUUUUAUUUAUCUUUCUUUUGAUGCCAACUGCAAUGUUAGACGAAAAAAAAAAGGUACCAUGUCUUCAAUUUGACUGCGACGAGCUUGGUAUCAGAAGGGUUUGCGGUUCAAAAUGUAAGACCUCACCAAAGGGAUUUGGGUUCGCUGUGGUCCAAUCGAGCCAGGAAUCAACAACAAUUGCCGCGGUUUACCGCAACUCAUCAACGGCAAAGCAUUCGUCCUCUUGCCUAAGUACAUAGAA